AGUUUAUUGCUAGAUAUUAUCUAUGAUUGAAAAACAAAAUCAUCCUAAUUCUAUGACAAACAUUAAAAUAUUCAACGUUCAUUUGAAAAUUUAGUGAUCAUGCGAAAUUUUAGAAAAUAGUAAUUAUAUUUUCAGUGCACGUGAAAGUUUUCUGUGAUUUUUACAUGUAAGACAUUGCAGUGUCGCCAAACUUGUCAUGAACAUGUCUAAGUGGGACGGCCUGCUGAAGGAGGUGGGCGAGCUGUCGACGCAGAUCGAGCAGAGCACCGCCGCCGACGACAGCGGCCAGGAGGCGGUGGAGGCGGCGGAGGCGGAGACGCUGCUGCAGGAGCUGGGGGCGGAGCUGGGGGAGGCGCUGGCUACCAUGCGCGACCUCGAGUGCGCCAUGACGACGGUGAAGGCCGGGGUGCGGGGCGAGGAGGCGGAGUGGCGCAAGUUCCGCGAGGAGAUCUGCUGCAUGCUGGGCAACUCCUCGCGGCUGCAGACGGCGAUGGCGCAGACCCACCUGACGGACCUGGGCGGCGGCUUCGCGCGCUUCACGGACGAGCUGGAGAAGGCGCUGCGGCAGCAGGACUGCAAGUUCCGCGCGCAGCCGUCGGAGCGCCGGAGCGCGUACCGCCAGAACCGGCGCACGCUGGCGCGCUGCGUGGUGGACGGAGCGUGGCGCACGGCGAGCGAGAUCAAGGCCGGCCUGCACAUCGCCGCGGCCAACAUCGCUCCGGAGGCCGUCACCGCCGACAGCGUGCAGCGCGUCGAGAGGAUCAUCGUGGACUACGCGCGCUGCGUCGAGGACAAGGCCAAGGCGCUGACGAUGGCCGUGGAGGACGCGGACGAGCGCACGCGCGCCCUGGAGACGCAGCUCAGCAACCUGCAGCGCUACAACAAGAACCUGAAGGAGAUGGUGGCGUCGGCGGCGGCGGCGGCGGCGGCGGCGGCGGCCAGGAGCGGCAAGAAGCGGGCGUGCUCGGAGAAGCCGUCCUCCGAGGACCUGCGCGACCAGCUCAAGGAGCUGCGAGGGAAGUCGGCCCGCCUCAAGUCCAUCCUGGACCGCAAGUGCAACUGCUCCAGCGCGCAGUAGCGGCGGUCCCGAGUCCGCGAGUCCGCGAGUCCGCGAGUCCGCGAGUCCGCGAGUCCGCGAGUCCGUCACGUGUCCGUUCAGUUCUGCAUCCUCGUCGUGUGACCGCUACUCUGCCCGAAACCCCCCUUCAAAUAGCUUGUGAAUAAAGCAUUGCUUGUCAUCGUACAA